CUCAUUCAACGGUAACUCCUCUUAGCGAACAGAUCCUGGGAAAGACAGAGUUGCAGAUCUCUCCUGUUGAUAACCAAAAGCUGAAAGAAAACAGAAGAAGCACGCCUAAAGAAAUGGACCCAGACAAGAAAUUCCUUUGCGACGACAGCCAAACCAAAUCUAAUUCCAAUUGCUCUACCCCACCAGAGACAGCUUCAAUCAAGAGCGUUGGUUGGACAUGGCUCGUCGUCCUGGCUGGAGUCGCAACGACUAUCGGUUCUUCAAUUCCCAUCGGUUUCUCGAUCGGGGUCCUCAACACUCCCUCAGGGUUACUCCAGAAGUGGAUAAACGAAUCCGUUAUCGAGAAAUAUGACAUGGUACUCAACAACCACCAGAUGGAUAUCGUGUGGUCAUCAAUUGUGUCCAUCUUUCUCGUUGGUGGUAUGGUCGGAUCUUUGUCCGGUGCGUGGUUCGCCGAUAGGUUUGGAAGGAAAGGAACCCUCAUGAUUGGAGCAGUGGCGAGCUUCAUUACUUCCUUGAUGUUCGUCUUUACUAAACCGUUAAACUCUGUUGAGCUUUUUUUCUUGGCAAGGUUGGUAGCUGGCCUAAGUGGAGGUCUGGUAAUGCCUGUGAUACCGUUGUACUUAACAGAACUGGCUCCGAUAAACUUGAGAGGCGCGAUGGGCACCGUUUGUCCAAUGGGUAUAUCAAGUGGUGUUCUUUUAGCUCAAAUUUUGGGGCUGCCGAAUUUCUUAGGAACUGAAGUGAUAUGGCCUUAUCUUCUCGGAUUUUUUGGCGUCCUUGUCGUCGUUGGUUCCGCUGCAUUCCCUUGGCUUCCCGAAAGUCCAAAAUACUUGUACGUCAUCAAGGGUUCGAGACAACGAGCUUUAAGAGAAUUAUCAAGGCUGCGCAACCUUCCUGAAGAAUUUGUAUGUUGUGAACUCGAAGAAAAAGUCGACUCGGUUGAGGACGAUGUUUGGACUUUGGGUAGGAUAAUGAGGACCAGAGGUCUUUGGAUAAACUUAGCUCUCGUUUGCGCUCUUCAUUUCGGCCAGCAAUUUUCUGGUAUCAAUGCAGUAUUUUACUAUUCAGUCACUAUCUUCCGUUCAGCUGGCCUUAGUGAGAAGAAUGCUCAACUGGGCAACUUGGCAGCCGGAGUCAUCAACUUGUCUAUGGCUUUCAUAAUGAUUCCGUCGAUAAAUUUAUUCUCUCGCCGUUUCGUCACCAUUACUAGCUGCACCCUGGCGACUGCUUUUCUUGUGUUCCUCUCCUUCUCAAUUCGGUUCAUGCACACUUUCACUUGGAUGCCUUAUUUGUCCGUCGUAGGAGUCUUAGGAUACGUCUUGACUUAUGGCUUUGGACUCGGUCCAAUUCCAUACUUCAUUGGAACAGAGUUGUUCGACGUCGGCCCACGACCCAUAGCCAUGGCUCUCGGAACAGCCUCUAAUUGGCUCGGCAAUUUAACAGUCGGCUUCUUCUUCCCUGUCGUACAAUCAGCCAUCGGCCCUUAUUCUUUCCUAAUAUUCGCCACAUCAACGGCUUUACUUACGAUUUUCGUCAAGGUUUGCCUGGUGGAAACCAAUGUUAUGAUGUUAGCCAAGAGGCAAAGAAGCGGUUCCCUUUCGAAGGCCUGAAGAAACCAGGACCAUCUUGGUCGUCCUUCGAAGAUUGUGUCCUCAGAAGUAAACUGUGUCGGUGUCAUCAGGGAUAUGUUUCAUCUCUAACUGAAGAUUAUUAGGGAAUCAUUGUAUAUUUAUUGUUUCUAUUAUAUAGAACUUAGCCAAAGCCGCUGAUUUACGUUCGACGAUAUCCAGUUUUAAUUUAAUGUAAACAAAUUAUAGUCUAUUUACAAAUUUCUAUAUUUACGAAUUUAUAGCAGUACAAGUUUGGUUCAGUUUAUUGUCCAAUUCGAACCAUCAAGAUGGCGUUUAAAUAUGUAACUAAUAUGUACUUAGUGUAAUUUGUUAUUGCAAACAGUGCUUAAUUUAUUUUAGGAUAACUUUUGACUUAAUAUUGUGUUGAUUUAUCGAUGAAUUAUGUACUGUAACGAUCUCCAGUGUGAUAUACUUACUUAUGUUAAUCGAAUACAUUAUAUUAAUUUAAUUAUUUUUUAAUCAUUUGUUAGGGUACUUAUACCAAUUAUCGAGAUGGAGCCUGUACUUAUGUAAAAUGUGAUUGAUGGUGCAAGUUCUUGAAAAAUUGCUCAUGUAAAUUAAUUUUUUAAUAAUUAAAUUGUUUUUACUAAAUA